CUGAGGAGAAUUGAUGGAGUCAGCCGAGGAAGCGGGGCCCGCCGAGGCCCCUGGGGCCCCAGCCUCGAAGGAGGACAAAGAGAGAUCUUUAUCCAAGAGCCGUAGGCGCCGGCGAUGGCGAAAAACCAAGGCCAAAGCCUCGCAGCUCAUUCAAAGCAUGGACUUACGCACAAUGACACAGACACUGGUGACUCUGGCAGAGGACAAUAUGGCCUUCUUCUCCAGCCAGGGCCCCGGGGAGACAGCACGGCGGCUGUCAAAUGUCUUUAUGGGUGUUCGGGAGCAGGCGCUGGGGCUGGAGCCAGCCCUGGGCCGCCUGCUGGGUGUGGCGCACCUCUUUGACCUGGAUGCAGAGACGCCAGCCAACGGGUACCGCAGCCUGGUGCACACAGCCCGCUGUUGCAUGGCGCACCUGCUGCACAAAUCGCGCUACGUGGCCUCCAACCGCCGCAGCAUCUUCUUCCGUGCGAGCCACAACCUGGCUGAACUCGAGGCCUACCUGGCCGCCCUCACCCAGCUCCGAGCUCUGACCUACUAUGCCCAGCGCCUGCUGGCCACCAACCGGCCAGGGGGCCUCUUCUUCGAAGGUGACGAAAGACUCACCACAGACUUCCUGCGAGAGUAUGUCACUCUGCACAAGGGCUGUUUCUACGGCCGCUGCCUGGGCUUUCAGUUCACACCUGCCAUCAGGCCAUUCCUGCAGACCAUCUCCAUCGGGCUGGUGUCCUUUGGAGAGCACUACAAACGCAACGAAACCGGCCUCAGUGUGGCCGCCAGCUCCCUCUUUACUGGUGGCCGCUUUGCCAUCGACCCAGAGCUGCGUGGGGCUGAGUUUGAGCGGAUCACUCAGAACCUGGACGUGCACUUCUGGAAAGCCUUUUGGAACAUCACUGAGAUCGAGGUGCUAUCGUCUCUAGCAAACAUGGCAUCGGCCACCGUGAGGGUAAGCCGCCUGCUCAGCCUGCCACCAGAGGCCUUUGAAAUGCCACUGACUGCUGACCCCAAACUCACAGUCACCAUCUCACCCCCCUCGGCCCACUUGGGCCCUGCACCAGUCCUCGUCAGGCUCAUCUCCUAUGAUCUUCGUGAAGGACAGGACAGUGAGGAGCUCAACAGCCUGGGGAAGUCCGAAGGUCCUCGGAGCCUGGAGCUUUGGCCACGCCCCCCGCAGGCACCCCGCUCUCGGUACCUGGUUGUGCACAUCCAUGGUGGUGGCUUUGUGGCCCAGACCUCCAAGUCCCAUGAGCCCUACCUCAAGACCUGGGCCCAGGAGCUGGGUGUCCCCAUCCUCUCCAUUGACUACUCCCUGGCCCCAGAGGCCCCCUUCCCCCGAGCGCUGGAGGAGUGCUUCUAUGCCUACUGCUGGGCCAUCAAGAACUGCGCCCUCCUCGGCUCAACAUGCGAGCGGAUAUGCCUCGCAGGGGACAGCGCAGGCGGGAACCUCUGCUUCACCGUCUCCCUGCGGGCAGCAGCCUACGGGGUGCGGGUGCCAGACGGCAUCAUGGCAGCCUAUCCAGCCACCAUGCUACAGCCCGCGGCCUCUCCCUCCCGCCUUCUGAGCCUCAUGGACCCCCUGCUGCCCCUGAGCGUGCUUUCCAAGUGUGUCAGUGCCUAUGCUGGUGGGGAGACAGAGGACCACUCCAACUCGGACCAGAAGGCACUAGGCAUGAUGGGGCUGGUUCGGCGGGACACAGCCCUGCUCUUCCGGGAUCUCCGCCUGGGGGCCUCCUCGUGGCUCAACUCCUUCCUGGAGCUGAGUGGGCGCAGGUCCCACUCGAACUCAAUGCCUGUGGCAGAGACAAUGCGGCGCAGUGUGUCUGAAGCAGCACUGGCCCAGCCUGAGGACCCGUUGGGCACAGACCCCCUCAGGAAACUGACACUGCAUGACCUGAGCCUCAGGGGCAGCUCGGAUACAUCAGGCACCCCUGAGCUGUCACUGUCAGCAGAGACACUUGGUCCCUCCACGCCCUCGGAUGUCAACUUCUUACUUCGGCCUGAGGCUGAACCAGAAGAGGUUGAAGCCCAAGAUGAGCUGAGCUCCCAGAACAGAGGCCCAGGCAUUGGUGCCUCUUUCCCUGAGGGCUUCCACCCGAGGCGCUCCAGCCAAGGCCCUACACAAAUGCCCUUAUACUCGUCGCCCAUCGCCAAGAACCCCUUCAUGUCACCACUGCUGGCACCUGAGAGCAUGCUGCAGAGCCUGCCACCUGUGCACAUCGUGGCAUGCGCGCUGGACCCCAUGUUGGACGACUCGGUCAUGUUCGCGCGGCGGCUGCGCAGCCUGGGCAAGCCCGUGACGCUGAGCGUGGUGGAGGACCUGCCGCACGGCUUCCUGAGCCUGGCGUCGCUGUGCCGGGAGACGCGGCAGGUCCUCACUCCACCCGCCACCACCGCGUCUGCCACCACCAAGCCCGCGCGGGUCUGA